UCUUUUCUCUCUCUCAGCUCCCAGUUACCGAUCCGGCGCUGUGCUAAACGCACGCGUCACACUAAACGACACACACGAAAAAUAAAACUUUUCCUUCUCCUUACCAAGUGCCUGUGAUAUUAAUUAUUUGUGUAAUAUAGUAUAGUUUUCAAUUAGAAGUCGAACUGGUCGAAACAUCCAGAUAUGUUCAUAGACGAGAAUGAGACGCCGGAGUCAUGGUGGGUGUCGGCGGCGCUGCGCACCAUCCGCGCAGUGGCGCUGGUGUGCGAUAUCCUCACCUUCCCCAUACACCUGCUGCUGCAGCGACCCUGGAGGAAGCGCGCCCUCUCACGGAGGAUAAAGGCGCGCGUGAUAGAGUCGACGCCGACGAGCGUGACGGUGCGCUCGGUGUCUGAGCCCAGCGACAUACACCUGCGGCUGGUGCGCGACGGCGUCACCACCAUGGAGGCCAUGUUGCGGGCCGCCGCACAGCGCUGGGCGCAGCGCCCCUGUCUCGGCACCCGCACAGUGCUCGGCGAGCGCGACGAACUACAGCCUAACGGACGAGUCUUCAAAAAGUUCAAGAUGGGCGAGUUCGUGUGGCGGUCUUUCUCCGAGGUGGAGGCGGAGGCGCGCCAGUUCGCGCUGGGGCUGCGCGAGCUCGGCUGUGUGCCGCGUACCAACGUCGUCAUGUUUGCAGAGACGCGCGCCGAGUGGAUGAUCGCCGCACACGGAUGCUUCAAGCAGAGUAUACCAGUGGUAACGAUCUAUGCGACGCUCGGCGACGAGGCGAUCGCGCACGGCAUCAACGAGACCGAAGUAUCCACGGUGAUCACGACGCACGACCUGCUGCCCAAAUUCAAGAAGAUCCUGGCCAAGACGCCCAAAGUGGAGACCAUUAUUUUCAUGGAGGACCAGCUCAAGACCACCGACCGCGAGGGCUUCAAGGAGGGCAUCAAGAUCUACGGGUACAAGGAGGUCGUCGCCAUGGGCGCUCAGUCCAAGAUCGAGUCAGUGCCGCCAUCGCCGACGGACACCGCCAUCAUCAUGUACACGUCGGGGUCUACGGGAGUGCCCAAGGGCGUGGUGCUCUCUCACCGCAACAUGGUGGCCACGCUGAAGGCCUUCGCUGACGCCAUCCCCGUGGCCAAGGGAGAUGUGCUCAUGGGCUUCCUGCCUCUCGCCCACGUCUUCGAGCUGCUCGCAGAGAACGUCUGCAUACUCGCAGGUGUGCCCAUCGGGUACUCCACUCCGCUCACGAUGCUGGACACCUCCAGCAAGAUCAUGAAGGGCACCAUGGGCGACGCCACCAUUCUCCAGCCCACCUGCAUCACCUCAGUGCCGUUGAUAAUGGACCGCAUCAGCAAGGGUAUAACGGAGCGCGUGGCCAACAGCGGCGCGUUCGCGGCGGCGUUCUUCAAGUGGGCCUACAUGUACAAGCUGCGCUGGACCCGGCGCGGGUACAGCACCCCGCUGCUGGACCGCGUGGUGUUCGCGCGCGUGCGGCGCCUGCUGGGGGGACGUCUGCGCCUCGCCAUCUCCGGCGGCGCCCCGCUCGCCCCCGACACCCACACGCAGGUGCGCCUCUGUCUCUGCUGCGACGUCGUCGUCGGCUACGGCCUCACGGAGACCACCUCCUGCGCCACCGUCAUGUGUCCGCACGACCGCUCCACCGGCCGCGUCGGCGCGCCCGCCACCGGCGUCGACCUGCGCCUCGUCGAUUGGGAGGAGGGCCACUACCGCGUCUGCAACAAGCCCUACCCCCAGGGCGAGGUGGUGGUGGGCGGCGAGAGCGUCGCCGAGGGCUACUACCGCAACCCGGAGAAGACGCGCGAGGAGUUCGUGGAGAUGGACGGCCGGCGCUGGUUCCGCUCGGGGGACAUCGCCGAGCUGCACCACGACGGCUGCAUCAAGAUCAUCGACCGCAAGAAGGACCUGGUGAAGCUGCAGGCGGGCGAGUACGUCUCCCUGGGCAAGGUGGAGGCCGAGCUGAAGACGUGCCCGCUGGUGGAGAACAUCUGCGUGUACGGCGACAGCAGCAAGACGUACACGGUGGCGCUGGUGGUGCCGCAGCCGCGCCUGCUGGCCGAGCUGGCCGCGCGGCUGGGCCGGCCCCCCGCGCCCGACUCCCCCGCCGCGCUCGCCGACAUGUACGCGGACCCCGCGCUCGAGCAGGCCGUCGUGCGCGAGCUCGCAGACCACGCUCGCAAAUGCGGACUGGAGAAGUUCGAGGUGCCGGCCGCGGUGAAGCUGUGCACAGAAGUGUGGUCACCCGACAUGGGGCUCGUCACCGCCGCAUUCAAGAUCAAGAGGAAAGACAUCCAGGAGCGCUACAAGGACGACAUCAAGCGCAUGUACGCCUCGUGAGCCCACGCCCACUGCUAGUGCGCUUGCCCACGCUCACACCUCACACAUUCACAUACAAAAUGUUAACUUACAAAAAAAAACAAAUCUUUUGUCUAUAAAUUUUCAUAGCACAUUUGUAAAU